AUGGAUUCAGUGUGUGGGCGUGAGUCCUCGGUGUCGCCACCCACGGUGGUGGCGCCCGUGGCCGUAAAACCUCCUCCUCUCAGUGACGCCCACGCAGUGGCAGCGCCCACGGACCAGCAGCGCCUGCUGUACCAGCUCGCUCUGGCCGAGCGCCUCCGCCUCGCCUCCGCCGGCCUUGCCUGGGCGCGGCCUCCGCUCACCGCGCACCACCCUCACCUGCAGGACGCGGGCGUCGGAGGUCACCUGGUGGGCGGGCCGCCGCCGGCCGCCUACCCGCCGCCACACCCGCUGUACGGCUACCGCCUGGUGGACCCGCGCAUGCUGCUGCCGCGCGGCCCCGAGGAGCCGAAGCCGCAACACUCGUACAUCGGACUCAUCGCCAUGGCCAUCCUCAGCUCGCCCGACAAGAAGCUCGUCCUCAGCGACAUCUACCAGUACAUCCUUGACCACUACCCCUACUUCCGGUCCCGAGGGCCCGGCUGGAGGAACUCCAUCCGCCACAAUCUGUCCCUGAACGACUGCUUCGUGAAGGCGGGCCGCUCGGCCAACGGCAAGGGCCACUACUGGGCCAUCCACCCGGCCAACAUCGACGACUUCCGCCGGGGCGACUUCCGCCGCCGCCGCGCCCAGCGCCGCGUUAGGAAGCACCUCGGACUCGCCGUCGACGACGACUCCUCCCCGGAGCCUCCGUCUCCCACCACAGGUCUCACCGCCGCCCAUGACUCGCCCACAGCCGCCCACCACCACCACACCACCGCCCUCACCGCCGCGGACGAGGCCUCCGCGCCGCAGGUCUCCCCGGGCUCGCUCCCGCCGCCACCCGUCGCCCGCAAGCGGCAGUUCGACGUCGCCAGCCUCCUGGCGCCGGACGACAAGCUGCCCAAGACGCGACGCCACGCCAGCGAGCUCGGCCAGGAGGCCCACGCCCCGGACCGCGCGCCCGCUCACGCCCACGACGAGAUCGACGUCGUCAGCGAUGACGCGGGCGACGACAGCCACCCCCCUGCCGCCUCGCCGUCGCCCACGCCGGCCGCCCACGACGACGAAGACGAUCCACGCCCGUGGUCCCUUCUAGGCUGGGUCUCGGGUGCCACGUGGCCGCUGCCUCCGCCCACCUCCGCCCAUGACCCGGAUACGCGGGCCGCCCACGAGCCGCCCACACAGUGA